GCCAAGAACAAAUCUAUGCACACCGCCACCAACUACUAUCUGUUCAAUCUGGCCGUGUCGGACUUUCUGCUCCUGGUGUUCGGAAUGCCACAGGAGCUGUACGCAACGUGGAAUCCCCUGUCGUACCCGUUCAACCAGAUUGCCUGCAUCAUAACGGGGCUGCUGGCGGAAACGGCUGCCAAUGCGACGGUCCUCACCAUCACCACGUUCACCGUUGAGCGGUACAUCGCAAUCUGUCACCCGUUCCGCUCACACACCAUGUCGAAGCUAUCGAGAGCGGUCCGAUUCGUCAUCGUCAUCUGGCUGGUGGCGUUCGGGUUGGCCACCCCGCAAGCGCUACAGUUUGGUAUCGUGGAAACACCCAACAGCCGCCUCUGCACGAUCAAAAAUCGGCACUUUGUGCACGCGUUCGAGGUUUCCAGCUUCCUGUUCUUCGUGGGCCCGAUGACGUUGAUAGCGGUCCUGUACGUGCUGAUUGGAAUUAAACUACGGAAAAGCAAAUUACUGCAGGGUGUUAAACGUGCAUCCACCGACUACACUGCCCGGUCCCGGGGCGUGAGUGCCCAAACUCGGGUCAUCCGCAUGCUGGUGGCCGUCGUGGCAAUGUUCUUCAUCUGUUGGGCUCCGUUUCACGCCCAACGCCUAAUGGCCGUCUACGGUGCGUUUACCAACACGGACAGCAUUUUUUUCUACGACGUCUACACGGCGCUGAACUUCAUCUCCGGCAUACUGUACUUCCUGUCAACCUGCAUCAAUCCGCUGCUGUACAACAUUAUGAGCCACAAGUUUCGGGAUGCGUCGAGACACACACUGAAAGUCAAUUGUUGUGGUGAUAGUCGCACGAAACUGGAAGGUCACCAGCACACAUACAGUGCCGUGUCCCGGUACGGCGUGACUGGUGCCGGUUCGUUCAAGUAUAACGCGAAUAAUAUGACCUGCGUCGGUGCUGGCAUCAACCUGGGCACCACGGGCCACAGUAGUCCUGGAAAUGUACUGGGAGUGACACCGUUGACGACCGGUACCGGUAAUCCCGCAAAGCGAAACACCGAUCUCUGUCACCAGGAGUCGGAUAUGUCGCUGCUGACAAACGAUCGCAUUCGUACAUCCCCGGGGCGUUUUACGCGCGCCGAGUUUCAUUGCGUCUCGAUCAGCAGCAGCCAGUCGACUAACUUCAGCAGCAACGGUCGACUGAAUCGCUCAAAUGGUUCCACUCGGCCGGAUGGUGCACCCCCCGAUAGUGAAACAUCGGGGCGUUUGUCAACGAUCGCAGAGAAGCUGCGGCGUGGUACAAAAAAGGUUUUGGCGUUCAGUAAAUCCCCCGUCAGCACACCGGGCCAGACGGGAACCGGGCAAGGAAGCGAGCGGCGAAAGGCGCACCGCAAGCGGAACAGUUGCGACAGUGUCGACACGAAUACCAUUAGCAACUCCAGCCUGAAAGAGUUCGACGAGGAGGAGUUUUCCAGUGCGGAACUGGCCCGAUUCAUGGCCGAGGUGAACAGUGAGAUUCGCUAAGGCGCACGACCAGUAGCGAGUGGCGAAUACGCGAAGCGGAACGCUGUAUCGCCGAUUGGAAUCGAAAUGAACCAUAAACAAUAUACGGUAAACACCACAUACAGCGAGAGAGAAGAAAGUACAAAUCAUGCAGCUCAGCGAACGAUGUGAUCGUGAGGAAUGAAGAAAAGCACGAAUGGGAAAAUUCUUUCCGAAUGCGUACCUGCAAUUUUAUCUCUUAGUACACAAAGCUGAGUAAGGGGAAGGAAAUAAAAACUAUAAAAGCUCUCUGUCGAUCAAAGGCGUGGCUAGUGGACACUACGGACUAACGGUCGUUCGCUCGAGUUCGAGCACCUCCUUCAACCAGCGCCUGUCGUCGGGCCGAUUCACCGGCACCUGCUUCCGGGUAGCGGGCGAAGAAGUCCUGCAGCUCCAUCAGCCGUGCCUGCGUUGUAAAGCGGCCCGUAAUCGAGGGUAUCAUCCGACCGAGAUUGCGUUCCCCGAUGGUGAAUCGAUCGACCAAUCGUUCCCAGUUUUCCCGCACAUGCUCCCAAGCCGCCUGCUCGCCGUGCCGGUUGGCGGCGAUGCUCUGAAUGCAGCUCAGCUGAUCCUGCGUGCGCACGACCGUAGUGUCCCAAGACAGGUCCAAAAGCCGACGCAUCACCCGCUGAUCAGGGUACGAGGCGA